GUGGCCCAGAAACUUCAUAAUGUUAUCUGGGACCAGGGUUUCUUCCCUCUCUUCCUGCACUGCUAUUAAUGCGUUGCCUCAUGGUGCAAGGUGGCUGCAGAAGUUCCAGCCAUUUCAUUUCUACUCCAGCUGGAAGGAAAAGGGAGCACAUGCCGGUCAGUGCACACUUGUCAGGAGGUUGGAGCUGGGCAAUGACUCGGCACUGGAACGGGAAGAGCACAGAUGCAGGAGCGGCGAUGGCAGACAGAGCCGCCCGCUGUCAGCGCUGGGCUCGAGCACACGGGGUUCAAGCCUGCGGGUGGCCAGGCGGGACGGGCCGCUUGUAACAGAUGUGUCAGUGAGGAGCUCGAGGUUCGUCUUCACCCCAGGGGCUGUGGAGUGGACACGUGCGGGGCAGCGGGCCUGUCCGCGGCGUCUCCGGCCCGGCUCCCGGGUCCCCUUGUCGCAGAGGGAGCCGGGGGUGGGCGCUCACUCCGGCGGCUGUGUGGGGCCCGACUGGACAGACGGUGGCGCGGUGCCCGCAGGGUGCGAGCAGAGCCCCCGCAAGCAUCGGGCUCCUCGGGGUGCCCGGAGGGAGAUGCAGCGACAGAGGCGGCAGUACUUGGAGCCGCCGCUGCGCCCAGGCUGAAACGCUGGCCGC